AUGACGCAAUCAGCUGGGAAAUUCUAUGGCAAGGUGGACGAGCUAGAGGAGGCCAUUUACUCCGAAACUCGCCGGAAAACCCGAAAAAGGUUAUCCAUCAUAGGUAUCUCUACUCUCAUCCUCAUUGCUAUCAUCGUCAUUGCCGUCGUAGCCACUAAUCAUGGCUCUUCAGAAGAUAAUCCCAAUCCCAACACUUCCUCAGAAUCACUUUCUAAAAGCAUCAAGGCCAUUUGUGAUGCCACAUUGUAUCCUAGUUCUUGUCUUUCCACACUUUCUCCAAUGAUCAACUCCACUACUGCCUUACUAGACCCUACAAAGCUCUUCCUCUUCUCUGUCAAAGCAGCAAUGUCGGAGAUCUCGAAAGCAUCGAAAGCUCUUAAAGAACUUGCCCAGAAGGUUGCCGUUGAUAAGAUGUCUCUUGCCGCAUUUAAAGACUGUAAUGAACUAAUAGACCUUGCUAUUGAGCACCUUAAUGACUCCCUCUCCACGCCGGACAUCUCUUCCGGUGAUGUUGUUAAUGAUCUGAAAACAUGGCUCAGUGGAAGCAUUACAGAUCAGCAGACUUGCAUUGAUGGUUUCUCAAACUCCAACGUUGAGCUGAAGACCAGUGUUCUCAAUACCAUGAAGAACUCCACUGAGCUAACAAGUAAUAGCCUUGCCAUUCUCUCUGAGAUAUCUAACUUUAUAGGAUCAAUUAAGCUAAGAAGGCUGAUGAGCAACUCUGAGGACACUGAUUGGUCACCAUCUUGGCUGUCUUCAAACGAUCGUCGGCUUCUCCAGAGCUCGACAGACCCUCGAAAGAAGGCCGAUAUUGUGGUGGCCAAAGAUCGAUCAAGCAAGUACAAGACCAUCAAGGCAGCUCUCAAGGCGGUGCCGGAGAAGAGCAAGAAGAGGUUCAUCAUCUACAUCAAGAAAGGUCUAUACAUUGAGAACGUUAAUAUUGAGACAAACAAAUGGAAUUUGUUCAUGGUAGGGGAUGGCAAGAACGCCACCAUUGUCUCCGGCAGCCUAAACUUCAUCGACGGCACAUCAACCUUUCAGUCUGCUACAUUUGCUGUAUUCGGCAAGGGAUUCAUGGCUAGUGAUAUAGGGUUCAAGAACACGGCAGGGCCGCAAAAGCACCAAGCAGUAGCAAUGAUGUCACAUGCCGAUCAAUCGGUUUUCUAUCGAUGCAGUUUCGACGCCUACCAAGACACACUCUACGUGCACUCUCUCCGGCAAUUCUACCGUGAAUGCGAUGUCUAUGGCACGGUCGACUUCAUCUUCGGCAAUGCUGCGGUUGUUCUCCAGAACUGCAACAUCCUACCAAAGCGACCCAUGGCCGGACAGCAAGACACCAUUACAGCACAAGGGAAGGUAGACCCUAACCAGAACACAGGGAUUGUUUUUCACAAUUGCACUGUGUGGCCUUCUGAAAACUUAACAUCAGUGGGAGUUUAUCUUGGAAGACCAUGGAAGCCAUAUUCAACCACAUUGUUCAUAAAGUCUAUGCUUGCUAGUUUUAUCGAUCCUUCAGGUUGGCUGCCAUGGAGUGGAAACUCAGCUCCAGAUACUAUAUUUUAUGCGGAAUACCAGAACUCUGGUGCUGGUUCAUCUACAAAGAAGAGAGUCAAGUGGAAGGGGUUGAGGAGUAUUUUGAAUGCUAAACAAGUAGCCAAGUUUUCAGUUGGGUCCUUUAUUGGGGGAGAUAAGUGGCUCCCUAACACUGGUGUCCCUUAUAAGUCUGGCCUCUGA